UCUUCACGAUCAAAAAAAAAUAUAAGAUAGAUAGCUAGCUAAACCAUGGCGGCAUCUAUCUCACCCCUUGCUUUCAUUCACUCAAUCAAUGUCUCUUCCAACUCAAAGAUUUCCCCUUCUUCCUAUCCAUUUUCACAAAAACAACAAAAAUAUUCUAGACAUAGAAAAUUAUCAAGACGCCAAGUGAUCACAUUGAGUGGUAAUAAUAGUAACCAAAACAACCCUAAAGAGGAACAAGAACCACAAAACAUUGUUGUAGGAAAUAGGAGGAAUGUUCUAAUUGGCCUUGGAGGACUUUGUGGUACUUUCACCACUAACCCUUUUGCCCUAGCUUCUCCAAUAUCCCCACCUGACCUUUCAACAUGUGGUCCACCGGAUCUACCCUUAGGUGCAACACCAAACAAUAUUAAUUGUUGUCCACCAAAUUCCACAAAAAUCAUAAAUUACAAAAUUCCUUCAUCAAAUCAACCCUUAAGGGUAAGACAAGCAGCACAUUUAGUCAAUGAUGAAUAUCUACAAAAGUACAAAAAAGCCAUUGAACUCAUGAAAGCCUUACCAUCCAAUGAUCCACGUAGUUUCAUACAACAAGCAAACAUCCAUUGUGCUUAUUGUGAUGGUGCAUAUUCCCAAGUUGGUUUCCCUAAUCUUGAUCUUCAAGUUCAUAAUUCUUGGCUCUUUUUUCCUUUUCAUAGAUGGUAUCUUUAUUUCUAUGAAAGAAUCUUGGGUAGCUUGAUCAAUGAUCCAACCUUUGCUUUACCAUUUUGGAACUAUGACGCUCCAAAUGGCAUGCAAUUUCCCUCCAUUUACACCGACCGUACAUCUCCUCUUUACGAUGAACUCCGAAAUGCAAAUCAUCAACCUCCAACACUCAUAGACUUAAACUAUGACGGUGACGAUGAAAAUGAUGAAAAUGAAAGAAUCUCCACAAACCUUACUAUAAUGUAUAGACAACUUGUCUCAAAUGGAAAAACUUCAACUCUAUUCCUCGGAAGCUCUUACCGUGCCGGUGAUCAACCCGAUCCAGGUGCUGGAUCCAUAGAGAAUGUUCCACAUGGACCAGUUCAUAGAUGGAGUGGUGAUAAUACGCAACCUAACUUUGAAAACAUGGGAACUUUCUAUGCAGCUGCUAGAGAUCCUAUUUUUUUCUCUCACCAUUCAAAUAUUGAUAGGUUUUGGUCUGUAUGGAAAACACUUGGUGGGAAAAGAAAAGAUUUCAAAGACAAAGAUUGGUUAGAAUCAGAGUUUCUUUUCUAUGAUGAGAAUAAGAAUCUUGUGAAGGUUAAGGUGAAAGACAGUCUUGACACAAAAAAAUUAGGUUAUGUUUAUCAAGAUGUUGAUACUCCAUGGCUAAAUGCUAAACCUAAACCAUGUAGAAAAAAAAUACAAAAAAAUGUGGAAGUUGCUCAAGGAAUUUUUUUUGGUAUUGGUGAAGCACAUGCAAGUGAGAUUAAUUCAAGGAGUUAUGUUACGUGUCCAUUGGUUUUGGAUAAUGUUGUUAGUACAAUUGUGAAGAGGCCAAAGAAAUCAAGGAGCAAGAAGGAGAAGGAAGAAAAGGAAGAGGUUUUAGUGAUUGAAGGGAUUGAGUUUGAUAAGAGUUUAGGUGUUAAGUUUGAUGUUUUCAUUAAUGAUGAAGAUGAUAAGGUGAUUAAGCCAGUUAAUACGGAGUUUGCUGGAAGCUUUGUGAAUGUACCUCAUUCUUCCCAUGAUCACAAAAAGAAGAAGACUAAUAGUUGUUUAAGGGUUGGAUUAACGGAUUUGUUGGAAGAUUUGGGAGCUGAGGAUGAUGAUAGCGUUGUGGUUACUUUGGUACCAAGGUAUGGGAAAGGAAUUGUCAAAAUCAGAAAUAUCAAGAUAGAGCUUGAAGAUUGAAAAUUUCUACCACUUUGUUAUAUGCACGUGUUUGUUGGGUGGGUUGACCGGUUGAUAUAUUGUAGUUCUGAUAAUAAAAUAUGGCUAAUUCAACUAGUUAAAAUAGUGUUACAUUACACUAUGAACAAAUUUAUUACUUGUGCACCAUAAAAUAUAUAUUUUGUGUACAUGGCGAUUCUUUUUA